GAGAAGAAGAGAGGCUUCACUGGCUGUACUUCAGGAAUCCGGAUAUGAUGAAAAUGUUUCAGACCUCAGCAAAGCACCACAACUGAACGUCGACGGCGUGGCGAGGACAGUUGUUGAUAUUUCACGAACGUCAACAACAUCUGGACAAAGUUAGACUUAGAGAAGAAAAAAAAAACCUGCUGCAAAAAAAAGUUUUCGGACUUGAAGUUUCCCCCCCCUCGUUUCUUUUUUUUUUUUUUCUAUCCCAACGUCUCGGGGAAAGUGUAGGAGGAAGGAAGGAUGGGAAUAAGUCAAAUUUGAAGCGAGGGAGUUGUCAUGUUUGAAAGCGCCGAGGGCUGAGGACAGGGAGGAACUACUUCUGCUGUGUUUGUCCCCAUAAAGACAACUGUCUCAUGUCCAAGGAGACAGUCUUGCCUCCGGUAGGGCUGGCAGGGCCAGGGAAGGGCCCCCAGCAAAAGAAAAGUCCCCUUCUGUCAGCCUCUCAAGAUGCCUGCGACAGUGAAUCAUCAGGCCGAACACCGUCGCCCAGGAAACAAGCCAGUGAGGGAAAAAGUCACGUGACCGAGGAGAGGCCUAAUUAUUGCGAGCCUGUAAGAACUCAGCCUCAGUCUAAGACUCAGCAUGUGCCCUCAGAGCCCGCCGGGGGAGACGCUGCCAAGGACCAAAAUGGCUUUCUCCAUCACGGCACUGGCACGCCCUUGCUGAGCAACGGCAAUGGAAUCCAUCCCGGGAUUGGCGGGGCAGGGGCCACUUGCAUGUGCUCUUGCGGUGGCAACAUCAGCAACGGUGCCACAGGUGGGUCGAAAGCAGCAGCGGCGGCCGCGACGACAACAGAGCAGCCGAGGAAGCAGCCGUCAACGCCCGUGUCGACGAGGAUGCAGAGGAAACUGAGGUCCAGCUUGUCAGUCAACAGCGACAGCAGCCGACGCAGCAAAGGCAGUUCUACGGGGUCCCAGAAACCUCCUUUACCUGAAGACUGCUGCGUCCACUGCAUCUUGGCUUGCCUGUUUUGUGAGUUCCUGACACUUUGCAACAUGGUGGUGGCGCAGGCCUCGUGCGGCGCGUGCACGUCGGAGGCAUGCUGCUGCUGCUGCUGCUCCGACGACCUGGGCGACGACUGCAACUGCCCCUGCGACAUGGACUGUGGCAUCAUGGACGCCUGCUGCGAGUCCUCGGAUUGCCUGGAAAUCUGUAUGGAGUGCUGCGGCAUCUGCUUCCCCACAUAAGGGAGGCCUGCGUUGGGGUAGACCGGGGUGUCUCUCUGCAGGGGAUAACUGGACCCUGGAUGGAAGAAUGGAAGGAACGGGCUGCAGCUGUCACUUUGAAUUCAGCAGCAGACAGAGGGAAUGUGUGUGUGCAUGUGUGUGAUAGCUGAAAUAUGUGUGUGUGUUGAGUGUUGCUGUUGAAUGUGUGUGUGUUUGUGUAAAGCUUGCUUUAAAAGAUGUACUUUGACACUGGGCUUCUCCACCAAAACCAGCUCAGCAGGGGCUACAAAUAACUAUAUGAACAUGUCAGUUAAACAUUUAGUGUGUAGGAAAGUCUUUUUCUCUUACCUGUUCUAUUCUUUUCAUAAGAAGUAUUAUCACAGACUGCCUUAGAGAUUUUAUUGUUUCAUCAGGAAUGCUGUUUAAUCAUGUCUUGCCUCUUUUUAGUCAUUCCAAUGACCGAUGUGCUGCACACACUAAACACUUUUAUGACGCUCAGAAACAUUAGUCUUAGUACUGUACUACACUGUAAAGGAUUUAUGUGACAAUUCAAACAUUCUUGGUUGCAUACGUAGUUUUGCAACACAGACUCAAUUCCUCCGAUCUACUGUAGAGCAGCAGAAACUGGUGAAAUGUCAAAGGUGAAUCAUCAUCUGUGACUUUCUGAACCAAAGGUUGAGAAUGAGCUUGCUCUGAGGGUGGUAUGUUUGACUCUUUUAUUACUAAACAAAUCAAAUACAAGUGGCUUAUUGUAAGUAAGAAACUGCACAAGAAAGCUGAAGAGCUUCUAAUUCUUAGCUUCUUACAAAAGGCUGGACAUUAUGAUGGAGUAUAAGAGCAUGGAGGAUAUGAAGGGUUAAAAAAGAUUUGAAAAUUAAGUCAUUAAAUGACAAGAAUAAAGUUGAAAUAUUAUGAGACACAAGGGAAAAUAUAACAUGAAUAAGGUGGAAAUGCACAAGCAUGAAGUCCAUUUAUUUUUUUUAUAGAUUAAAUGGAAAUUUAACAAGAAAGAAUCCGUAAUUGAUGCUAUGGUUAGCUUGUAUGUUAUGUAGAAGGGGGAUAUCAGAAGUGCAGCCAGCCAUCUGCGCUACAAUGAGUGAGGCUACAUUUAUGGUAGGUUUGAUAAAAACCUCAACUCUGAAAAGUUUGCUCAAGAAACUGAAUCCAGGGGCGCUGGUGGCCCAGUGGUUAGUGCGCGUGCCCCAUGUAUGGAGGCUACAAUCCGCCAAGCUGGUGGCCCAGGUUCAACUCCAACUUGUGGCUCCUUUCCCACAUGUCAUUUCCCACUGUCUCUCUCUCCUCAUGAUGUCCAACUGUCCAAUCUCUCCAAUAAAGGCACAAAAACCCCAAAUAAAUCUUUUAAAAAAGAAACUGCCUAGCCUCGGAUCCCCCCUGGAGGAGCAGGAAAACGUUGUUGGGUAGAGGGAACUCUGGGUUGACACACUGCGCCUGCUGCAUGCGCGACCCAACCUCACAUGGAUGAAUGGAAAAAGAAACUGAAUCCAUUCAUAAGAAGGGUAGUCUAAUAUAUGGUCUUGUAGUAUUACAUUUUUCACAUCAUACUACAAUUUAAUUUUUUCUCUUUUCUCUUAGAAUGACAAGUUCAUUCAUGUCAUAUGACUUUAGUCUUGUUAUUACCACCUUUAUACCUCUGAUUUUGUUUCUCCAUUAUGUGUCCUCAUACUCUGUUGUCUGAAGCUCUAUGAAAACAUAUACCAAAGAAACUCAUCUCCUUAUGUGGCAAUGUUUAAAGCCUUGUGUUUACUGGAAAUGUUGUGCAAAUGAUUAUGUUCUGGAUUGAAAAGGGUUCUGACUGGCUUACUGUACAGUUUUCUGCUACUUUAAGAUAAACCAUGUACAGCUCAUGUCUUUAUAUCAACGAGAGUCCUCCUCUACUAUUUACACACAGGCUUUAUCGACUGUAUAUGGUACCCAUCUUCUCUACGAUUCCACUUAAUAUACAAACUGUGUGUGCAUGAAUUGUUGAACUGCACUCUGUUCACGAGGGCGUCCAUAAGGAAUUAAAAACGCUGACCCUGGUCGCCGUAUAAGCGGCUUUCAUGUAUCAAGCCCAGUGACUCACAACACAAAAAGGGAAUCAUGAACUGUCAUGUUGAAAUGGUAAACUAUUACAGGGUAAAGGCAGUUUUCUUCUCCUUUUUUUUUUUUCUCCUUCUGUGUAUCUCCAGAUGAGUUUGUAGUGAAUCACAAGCGGAGUCAUUUUCUUGUCUUGGAGAUCCGCUUUGAUGUUCAAGUGAUGAUACUUAAUGCUGGCCCUCAUUAGCACUGCUAGCUAAAUGGUUUAAAAAAAAAAAAAAAAAUCGUCCCUUUCCAAACGCCAACAAAGAUAAUGUGCUGUCGUGUACGGCUCGUCUUAAUGGUGCACUGUUGUUGUGUGUGAGAAGACUGGAUAAGGCACCUCUGCAGCAGAGAAAAAAAACCCAACUCAUUUUCAUGUUAAUGGCACCACACGUUUGUUCCAGGCUCAUGAGUGACUAGAAAACACAGUAUCGAUAAUGUGAAGAAUUCUUCUAAAAAGAGAAAAAUGUACACGUGUAGCAACAGUACAUGUCAUCUUCUUAUACUCAACAGUUAGUUUUGUUUUUGUAUUCUGUGACUUAAACUUGAUUCUUGCCAUUUUCAUCUCCAGCAAUGCUUUAUAUCGCUUUAUACGUUUUGUACAUUACCUUCUAUCUUAGAGAUCUGUCUUUAAAGAAAUAAAACAUAACCAAAGAAUGAA